AUGCUCCACGACGUCGAGGCCGCACUCACUGACCCCUGCCUCCUCCGCUUCCCCUUCUCCGGCUUCGUCGCCAUGGCCGCCGCCCUCGCCACCCUCGUCCUCGACUUCCUCGUCACCCAGUUCUACGAGCGCAAGCACCGCGCCGCCGCCACCGCCGAGACCGACGCCACGGCAGAGGACGACGAGGGGCGCUCCAUCACCACGGCGGCGCUGGAGCCACCCGUGGACGAGGACGAGAACGAGGGCUUCGCCAAGGGCGGCAACGCGGUGCACAUCGUCAGGAUGCGCGCGCACGCGGCGGCGCACGGCCACAGCCACCACCACCACGGCCACGCCCACGGCCACGCGCACAGGCACGCGCACGAGGAUGGGGACGAGGGCCAGGUCUCCUUGCAUUUGCGCCACAUCGUCGCCCCCCAGGUGCUCGAUCUAAAGUCUAAACCACCCCUAUUAGCUGUACAUAUCAUCAUGUCACUAAUGACAAUUAUUAAGUAA